GAGACUACCUGGCAAGCAGCCAUUGCCUUGCGAUUGCGCCAUCUCCCCUUCCUUCUCUCUCUCCCUCAAUCAUCAUCGCAGUCACAACCCAACCCAACCCCCCUCCAGACCCCAUUUUUUUGCUUCCGUUUCUUCCUUCCUUUGUUUUUUUUUUUCCUUUCCACAGAAACCCCACUAACCCAAUUCUGAGAAACAGACAUAAAUUUUUAAUCUUGGAACUUCUUGUUUUCCUAUUUUAAUUUGUUCACCAGGUACCUUCUUGUUUCAUUUUAGAAACUGGGAUUUCUUUCUUUUACAUAUUAUUGAACCGAAUCUGGGUUCUUAAAGGAGGGUUCGUUUUGAUGUUUUGAGUUGUUUAUGACUGUAGUUUCUCUUGGUUUAGAUUGAUAAACAUAGUUUUUUUUUUUUUUUUUUUUUUAAUUUAGGGAUCUUUUUUCUUGUUUUUGGUGGUGCUGGAAUUAGUGGCAAUGACUGAUUUUGAUGAUUUUAGGGGCUUUUUAUGAGCUUCCAAAUGAAGAAUCAGUUUGUUAUUUGCUUUGUUAGAAUCAUCAGUGAAUUGCGUUGUUAUGCUUUCAAUUUUGAGAAAGCUGUUAAUAUUGAUGUGUUGUGAUGUUAUACUCCAUGUGUAAUAACAGAAUUGAAUUCUUGAAUAAGAUUGAUAAUCCUGUUGAUAACCAGCAAGGUCUCUACGUCAUGGAUACACCAAUGUCUACCACCAAUUCCACAGCUGGUUCCAACCCUGGUUCGAACGAUGAUACCCCGCGUGUUAAAUUACUGUGUAGUUUCUUAGGUAGCAUAAUGCCUCGACCCCAAGAUGGGAAAUUGCGUUAUGUUGGUGGGGAGACGCGGAUUGUGAGUUUGCCUAGGGAUAUUAGUUAUGAGGAGUUGAUGAAUAAAAUGAGAGAGCUUUAUGAUGGGGCGAUGGUGUUGAAGUAUCAACAGCCUGAUGAGGAUCUUGAUGCGUUAGUCUCGGUUGUGAAUGAUGAUGAUGUGAUUAACAUGAUGGAGGAGUAUGAGAAAUUGGGUUCUGGGGAUGGUUUCACUAGGCUUAGGAUUUUUCUGUUUUCGAAUACAGACCAAGAUGGUUCAGCCCAUUAUGUUGAUGGGGAUGGAAGGGAGAGUGAAAGAAGGUAUGUGGAUGCACUAAAUAAUUUGAACGAGGGGCCUGAUUUUAGAAGGCACCAUCCUGAUUCCCCUUUAAUGGGUCCAAUUGAUGACAUUCAUUUACAAGAACAGUUUUUUAAUGGAAUGAAUCUUGAUGGUGGUCUCCUUAGCCACAGGAGUGGUGAGAUGUCAAUAUCACCGUACAACUUGCAUCAUGUUGCUAUUGCUCCUAGGUAUAAUGAGAUGGAGGGUCCAUGGAGUCCAGCAUAUUAUUCUCCUAGGCAUCACGGGCACCAUGAUCCAAGACCAUUAUCAGAGAUUCCAAACUCACCCCCUUCUGCACGGUACCGUAUGCAGUUUGGGGAAUUACCCGAUAAAGGGAUGGAAAGAAUGCCUGAAGAAUAUGCUCGGUUGCAGCUAAAUCAGCAUCCCCCUUUUGAUCACCAGGCACAGUAUUCUGAAAAUGUAGUAUGGAUGCCUGCUGGAGUAGUAGGUGGUGAUAAGGGUGGUUUUCCAGGUAACUUGCUGCACAGUCCCAGUGUUUUUGAAGGGAACAGUGUUUGUGAGCACUGCAGGGGGGCUUUCCCAAGAAAUCAACUGCAUUUGGAGCAACUCUGCAUGGGAAAUGGACUUCCUCAGGUUGCUAAUCCAGGUGCUGACUGUCCCCCAAACAGGGAGACUUUCAUAGUAAAUGCAGAUGCAAAGGUGCAUCACCCAGUGUAUCCCAGAGAGCAGAAUGAUCCACGAACUGUCUACAAUGAGACACAAGGCCAUGAAAGCGGAUGGAUUGUGCAGCAUCAGUUGAGUCCCCGCGCUGAUGAAGCCAGAAAACAUAUCUCUGGAGCUGCAAGAUUCACUGAUCAUUACAUUGUAGAUGGUCCUGGCAUGAAUUACCCCCCUGGGCAUGGUAAUUUGGUGGAUGGCCAUCAUAUGUCCUCCCAUCACCGUCCUGGACCUGAAUUGGGUAAUGAUGUGUUUCACGAUCAAGCUGUGGCUGCUGUCCACAGCCUACAAGUUUCACCUUCCGAGGAACGCGCAGUACGGUAUGGGAAUUUUCCUUAUGCUUACGGAUCCGAGAAUCUUCACACAUCGCCACGUGGACAUGCACAUCCACAGACUUUAUGGAGAAAUGCUCAAAUUCCAGUACAUGGCAUUCCUUAUGAAGCAUCCGGUGCAGCUCCACAUGUGAGUAGUACUGUUAAUCCAUCGUUUCUUAGGGGCACGACAGAAGGUAGUCAAAGGAGUGGCAUUGGCGUGGAUAGUCAGAAACCUUGGGUUGAGUCCUCCCAGAAAAUGCUGGUUUUUGAUGGGACAAAUUCCUUGGAAUAUUCUUACGGUCACAUGUUGAAAUUGAAUCCAAAUGCUAAUGGGGUAGAAAAUAAUCAGUCGUUUGCUCCAGAACCCCUUCAACCACCGCUCCAACAUGAAAUGCUAAACUUAUCUGCAAAUACAGUUACUUCUGGUUAUAACCCAGAGUUAAGUAAUACCAAUGUAGCUGAAGCAUCAAAAGUGGAGGGAACAAUCUUUCUUGGUGUAGAAAACCAAGCAAAUUGUGUGGGGAAAGUUGAAAACUUGGAUGUGUCAUGCAUGCCUUGCCCGGAUCAGGACAUGAUUGCUGAUAUGCAUGGCCAGGCAGCAUUUCUUGAGGCUGUCAAUUCCAAUUUCUCGAGGUUAGCUGAAGAAAGUGGUGAUACAGUGAAAGCGGGAGAAAGAGAUCCUUCUGCUGUUCCUGGAGAUCCAAACCUGUCAGUUAGCCGUAUGAGUUUCUUACCUGAUUUAAUUGCUUCUGUAAAGAAGGCAGCACUGGAAGAGGCUGAAGAGGUGAAAGCUAGAGUCAAAGAAAAUGCUGAUCCUGCAAAUAAUGAUUCAAUAUCAGGAGAAGUAGAUGAUAAGGAGCCUGAAGCUGUGAAUACUCAUGAAGAAGCAGAGCUGGGAUCUGACAAUGACAAUAUAAAAAACAACAAAAUUGAGCCUACAAAGGCUGAGGCAGAAGCUAUAGAAAGGGGAUUGCAGACAAUAAAAAAUGAUGAUUUGGAGGAGAUUCGUGAAUUAGGAUCUGGGACAUAUGGAGCUGUAUAUCAUGGGAAAUGGAAGGGUUCUGAUGUGGCUAUAAAGAGAAUAAAAGCCAGCUGCUUUGCCGGGAGACCUUCUGAAAGAGAGCGUUUGAUUGCAGAUUUCUGGAAGGAGGCUUUGAUAUUGAGUUCAUUACACCAUCCAAAUGUUGUUUCUUUCUAUGGUAUUGUUCGUGAUGGCCCUGAUGGCUCAUUAGCAACUGUUACUGAGUUUAUGGUUAAUGGAUCUCUGAAACAGUUUUUGCAGAAGAAGGACAGAACCAUUGAUCGUCGUAAAAGACUCAUCAUAGCUAUGGAUGCUGCUUUUGGAAUGGAGUAUUUGCAUGGGAAGAACAUUGUUCAUUUUGAUUUGAAAUGUGAGAACCUGUUAGUAAAUAUGAGAGAUCCGCAAAGGCCAGUUUGCAAGAUUGGUGAUCUGGGCUUGUCAAAGGUGAAACAACACACGUUAGUUUCAGGUGGUGUUCGUGGAACUUUGCCCUGGAUGGCACCUGAGCUUUUGAGUGGCAAGAACCACAUGGUAACAGAGAAGAUUGAUGUUUACUCAUUUGGGAUUGUUAUGUGGGAAUUACUUACGGGAGAAGAACCUUAUGCUGACAUGCACUGUGCCUCCAUAAUUGGAGGAAUUGUGAACAACACAUUACGUCCUCAAAUUCCCACAUGGUGUGAUCCGGAGUGGAAGUCUUUGAUGGAAAGUUGUUGGGCCUCGGAUCCAUCAGAGAGACCAUCAUUCUCAGAGAUUUCUCGGAAACUGAGGAACAUGGCUGCUGCAAUCAAUGUGAAAUAAUUCCAGUUCCGAGGCGGUCAAUUUCAUUUCUUGACUAUCAUUGUGGCAGAAAAGGGGGAAAUACAAACAAAUAAAUAAAUGAAUAGAAAGAUUUCUCUGAUUAAUGUCACGUCACCAUCACCAUACGAGUUCUCAAAUAUUUACAGGCUAAUAUUAUUAUUAUGCAACCUUAUCAAGCUUUUAUUUAAUGUUGCUAUGAGUUAGGAUUGUUCUUUUCAAAGUGCAGUUACAAGCACACUGGAUUUUACCUCGAGGCUUACAUAAUACAAAGAGCUGUGGAUGCACAAGCGGAAUGUUUUUUUACCUGUUUGGAUCGAUCAAAGUCAUUUUACCUUGGGCAAUUUCUACUAUUAUUUGAUGUUGGACCCAAGUUUUUUUACGAGGAAGGGCAUGUAUAUACAAGUCAAAUCGUAAUUGAAGAGUCAGAGCUUUAUCUUGGGAGCGAUUAUGAUGCAUAAUGCUUAGAACUUGAAACUCUCUGUUAUGAACAUAAUUGAAGUUCAAUAUAUGGUCUGGAGAUGUAAAAUGUAUAUGAUAAUCACUCGAGGAAAUACUUGCAUUAUGUAUCCUUGCGAUGAUAUGUGCACCCGAAGUACAAGUUCAUGAA